UCACAACAUCCGUCUUCUGUAACCGGCUGGAAGAUGGUGGCAGUCAAAAUGCGGUCUUGUGUGUUGUCAGUUUUGCUUUUGAACGUUUAUUACACAUUUGUUUCCUCGCUGUACUUUCACAUCGGGGAGACUGAGAAGAAAUGCUUCAUAGAGGAAAUUCCGGAUGAAACGAUGAUCAUCGGAAACUAUCGUACACAAUUGUACGACAAGCAGAAAGAAGAGUACCUACCUGCCACACAGGGUCUGGGGAUGUUUGUUGAGGUGAAAGACCCUGAUGAGAAGGUGAUCCUGUCUCGUCAGUAUGGAUCAGAGGGAAGAUUCACCUUCACCUCUCACACCCCAGGAGAACAUCAGAUCUGCCUUCACUCCAACUCCUCCAAGUUUGCCCUCUUCGCUGGAGGAAUGCUUAGAGUUCACCUGGACAUCCAAGUGGGAGAGCACACCAAUAACUAUGCAGAGAUUGCAGCCAAAGACAAGCUGACAGAGCUGCAGCUGAGAGUGAGACAGCUGGUGGAGCAGGUGGACCAGAUCCAGAAGGAGCAGAACUAUCAGAGGUACCGCGAGGAGCGCUUCAGGCAGACCAGUGAGAGCACCAACCAGAGGGUUCUGUGGUGGUCCAUCGUUCAGACAUUGAUCCUGGUGGCCAUUGGUUUCUGGCAGAUGAGACACCUCAAAAGUUUCUUUGAGGCCAAGAAAUUAGUGUAAACAUGCACUCUCAUAUUGUCGUUUCUGAGUCCGGAUUGGGGAUCAAAUCAGUAAAUUCGGGGAGUUAACUUACACACUAUUCUUGAAUUGAAAAUUCGCCCCUUGUUUUCUGAGGCAUUUUUUCAUGAAUCAAUUCAAUUUGAAUGAACUUCCUGAAUUGAUAUGUGUGUUGAACAAAACCCUGGUCUGAAUGCAGGACUUAACCAUUAGUGAGAAUGUGUGAUAUCUCCCAGAAGUACGUGUACAGAUGGGUGAGGUUACCGUUCUAUCAGUGAAAACCCAGUUACUUUUUUAUUUUGAAAGGGCUCAACUUUUGGAUUUUUAAAACCCCUUUUGUGACUUUGAUAUUCCCCAUUGCUGUUUCUGUAAGAACACUGUUUGCAAUUGGUUUUAUUUAUGAUCCUCUACUGUAUGCUCUGUUUUAUAUUUGGCUGGGAAGAAAUGAUAUUGUACUAUCGAUCUCAAACAUUGACAUCCCGUAAGAUAUUUCUGUAGCACUGUUUGUGACUAGAAUGCCUGUCAGUCACAUUCCAGGCCGCAUCUCUUCUCUCAGCAUAACAGGUGUGUUUUCAAACUGAUUAGACAUUGUUCUCACUCUACAUGCAUUGUAAUGGGGGUUUUGUUACUGGUUGAGAGAGAGCACCUAUUUUGGUUUAGAGCCCUACAACAGAAAUGGUGACUUGAUUUAUGAAACUUAUUUUUGGUCAUCGGUGCAUAGUAAUCUUUACGUUUUUAUUUAGCGUCAAAUGAAUGUACAUUUCAACCCCCGAUGUAUUUAGUUGUUGGUCGUGGUCUGUGUGUUUAGAAACAGAAAGACAUCUAGAAUAUGCGGAAUUUUAAAUUGAAGAUCUUGAAACUUUGGGAACUUUCUCUUGUUAACCGGUUUUCGCAAAGCACCUCUGAGUAGAUCUGCUGAUCUAGUAUCUGUUAUUCAUUUUGAUUUAAAAGGAGAAACCGAUCCUAGAUCAGCACUUGUACUCUGACGCUUUCUGAAUACGGGCUCUGUCUGUUUUAUUUAUGAAGUUGGAAAGUGAGAUAAGAGACAUAACGCUUUGGUUAAAGGUUGGUGCCAGAGUGUCUGAUGUUAAUAUGGUAGUUUCAUGGAAAACUUUGACAUACUAGCUAUGCAUUUGCUGAAGUACGAAAGCAGUUCACAUCGUUUUUCCCUAACUUGCUGAAUACACUGCCAAAUAUGUUCCCAUAUCACAAUCUACUGGCUUGGUGGUCAUGUGAACAUUGGUUGUUUUUUCAUCUGUGCUGCAUAUCUAAGUGAACCUAGAGAGGUUUUGGUUUGUCCAUUUCCUUUCUGCAAAUACUCAGGUAGAGUUUUGAAGACACUGAUUUGAUUAAAUAAAGAAUUGUUGUCCAGGUUAACAGGUUUGCUCCAGUUCUCAUCAUGUACAAGGAGUUGAUUUGUGUGUAAACAUCCAUUGUACACUUAAAGUAUUUAGCCAGAUAGCGGUCAUUGCUUCUUGUCACUCAGAACAAUUUGAACUACACUGGAUCUUUUUUGCAGAAAAUAUUUUUGGUCAAUUAAUCUGUUUUUUGUUUGUCCUUAAUAAUUCCCCAAACUGUUCCUUGUUGAAUUAGUGCAUCAUUGGUGUUUCUUUGCAUUUAUAUGGUUAGAUACAGUAUCAGAGAUUUCGAGUAUGAUUUGAAUCAGUUGGUACUGGUUUGUUUUGGGUGGGGGGGAUUUUAAUUUUAGAUUAUGUAAAUGUCAAAACUUGAUUACAUUGCACUAAAAAAAUAAAGUUGUCACCAAUGA